AUGCGAAUGAUUUCUACAAUCAGAGAAUUACAAAAACAAUUUUUAGACAUGACGAACAUGAUCAAACUUUAUCGUGCUUUCAUUCCAGUUCAUUUGUUGCAACAAUUAGACAAAAAGAAUUUAGAAGAAGAACAGAAACCGAAAGAACAAACAAUCUCAUCCCAUCGCACAGAGAAUAACAAGAAGCAGCAGCCGAUUGCUGCCAACGUUUCAUCAAAAUGUUCUUCUUCAGACUUGUCUUCUGUUUCUUUAGCAAGCCGCUCCACACAUAAUACUUCUCUCCAAAAGAAUUCACGAAAUUUGAACAUGUUCUCCUUAUACUUGGAAAAGAAAAACGUGACUCUUCUUCAUAUGGUGCUGGAUGGUUUCUCUGCUAUUCUUUCAAAAUUGGAACAUCCAAAUGAAUGUUUGCACAUGCUGUCGGAUGUGUUUGAUCAAGUCAAUACGACGUCAAAAAUCGCUGGAGGAUUACUUGGUAACUUUGAAAACGACUCCUUCACAAUAUCUUUUAAUUCCUCUAUUCAGAAUGUAAAUCAUCAAGAGAAGGGAACUCUCUCUUCAAAACAAUUACUGGAAAGAAUUAUGGUAUUGAAAACCAUUUCGAUUCUCAAGAAAGAUCAACUAAUGACCUUAAUAGAAGUCUUAAAAAUUAGAAUUGCAUUGAUUCAACAAGAAUGUCGGAAAUGUGGGAACUCGUGA